AUGCCCAGAGCAGUUGAUGCAGCCAAAGCGCCAGCGGCGCAAGCGGCGGGAAGGCUCCGCAUAGAGUCCGCGGGCCACCGCCGCGCGCAGUCCGACGCGGACGCCUUCACCGCCGCGGAUUGGGCGCACGAGCGCUUGCGCUCGUUUAACAUUCGGAAAACCGGCGGGGUGGAAGGGGUUUCCCCAGGUGGCACAUUUUCCAGCACAAGCGCAGCUUCCGUGGCGGACGCUCCCCAUGCGCCCAGCCCGCGCGGGCGCAAGGUCUCGAGCGCUUUCGCAAGUCCCGCGAGCGUAGCAGUGGGGGGGAGAACGCAUCCCUCGCGCAGCACUUCUGCGCGCGCGCGACGAGCGAGCGCGGAUGCGACGGACCUCGGGGGAGCCCUGUCGAGUGAGGGGAUGGCGGUGGGGCAGGGUGACGGAAAAGUGAAGGGGGAACAGAAGGGAGAGGAGGACAAGAUUUCGGAGAAGCAGCAGCAGCAAGAGGAGAAGCAGAAGCAGCAGCUGCUGCGGCGGCGACAGAAGAAGCUGGUCCAGGCGAGCUUCGUUGAUCGAAGGGCUGGAGAGACGGCUGACCUUAGUCUUUGCCUCGGCGGGAAGGACAAGAGCGCCAACCAAUGGCGCUCCGCCAUUGAGCGCUCGCCUGGCGCGGGCGGGCUUGUGUCGCCGCGCGUGGGGGAUGCUUCGCCUGGGGAUGCUGGGGAAGGGAUGCGAUCCGCUGGAGACGCGGCCGUUGCGGAGGCAGGGAGCGGGGCGAGGGACGAUAGAAAGGAUGAGAGGAUUAAAGAGAAGAACGGGGAAGGGAGAGGACAGAAGGGUUCUAAGGGGGCGGAUGCGGAGAAAAAGAACAAGGAGAAAGGAGUUAGGCGAGACAGGGAAGACAGGCGGACGAGAGUAGAAGGGGAAAGUGCUGGGAGGGAGGGAGCGAAGGAGAGAGGGGCGGAGGGAGGGAGGGAGGGGGGAAGGAAGGAGAGGAGGGAGGAUAGGAGGGAGGAAGGAACAGAGGAGGGGCGGGGGCGGGAAGACGGGGAGGAGAGAAGGAGAGAAGAAGUGGGAGAGGAAAAGAGGGCUGAUGAAGGGGAGGAACAGACGUCUCCCUCCCUGAUGCUGCGGAAAGUGUGGGAUGCAGAGGGGGCAUGUGAUAGUGGGGAGUCUCAGGGGGACCUGUAUGGGCUGGUCACGCCUGAUGCUGAAGACUUGCACGAGUCUUGGCCUGCUGCUGCAGCUGCUGGGGGUAGCAAGGCGCCACACGAAUCUUUGUCUGCUGCUGUUGGGGGUAGCAAGGGGCGAGGAGGGGUAGCAGGCAGUGAGUCUUUGGAGGAAAGUGAUGGGAGUGUGUCAAGUUUUGCAACGUCGCAGAGCUCUCAAAACUCAAAGGAAGGGAGUGGGUCGAGUUAUGUAGCAGCAGAAAGAAGUGACAGGGCGAAAGUAGUUCAGAAAGAGAGGGAAGAAGACGGGGAUGAGGCUUUACUGGUGUGUAAGCCCUUGGGGAGUGAUGGGAUGAGAAGUGCAGUGGUAGGUUACCAGCAGCAGCAGCUACAGCAGGUGCAGCAGCAGCAGCAGCAGCAGAUGAAUGUGAAGCAGAUUCAGCUCUUGCAAAUGCAGCAGGCGCAGCAGGUGCAGCAACAGAAGCAACAGCAGCAGCAACAGCAACAGCAACAGCAGCAACAGCAGCAACAGCAACAACAGCAUCAGCAACAGCAGCAGCAGCAGCAGCAGCAGCAACAGCAACAGCAGCAACAACAGCAACAGCAUCAGCAGCAGCAGCAGCAGCAGCAGCAGCAGCAGCAGCAGCAGCAGAUUCAGCACCCACAGAUACAACAGCAGCAGCAGCAGCAGCAGCAGCAGCAGCAGCAGCAGCAGCAGCAGCAGCAGCAGCAGCAGCGGCAGCAGUAG